CGGGUUACGUGGGGGUCAGCACGGCCCGCCCACCGCUUCCUGAACCGCGGGGUCGGGCUUCCCUGCGAUCGCACGUGGCCUGCCGUCUUCCUUCUCCGCGACCCUGCGCUGCAGCCAUGGCUCCCGGCCAGCUCGCUCUGUUCAGUGUGUCUGACAAAACCGGCCUAGUGGAAUUUGCCAGAGACCUCGCAUCUCUUGGUUUGAGUCUAGUUGCUUCCGGAGGCACGGCGAAAGCGCUCAGGGAUGCUGGCCUGGCAGUCAGAGAUGUGUCAGAGCUAACGGGGUUUCCUGAAAUGUUGGGGGGACGUGUGAAAACCUUGCAUCCUGCUGUCCAUGCUGGAAUCUUGGCACGAAAUAUUCCAGAAGAUACUGCUGACAUGGCCAGACUUGAUUUCAACCUUAUAAGAGUCGUUGUCUGUAACCUGUACCCCUUCGUGAAGACCGUGGCGUCUCCAGAUGUGACCGUUGAGGCAGCUGUUGAGCAAAUUGAUAUUGGCGGAGUGACCUUACUCAGAGCUGCAGCCAAAAACCAUGCUCGAGUGACAGUUGUGUGUGAGCCAGAGGACUAUGUGGCAGUGGCAGCAGAGAUGCAGAACUCUGAUAGUAAGGACACCUCCCUGGAGACCAGACGCCACUUGGCUUUGAAGGCAUUUACUCAUACUGCACAAUAUGAUGAAGCGAUUUCAGAUUACUUCAGAAAGCAGUACAGUAAAGGAAUUUCCCAAAUGCCCUUGCGGUAUGGGAUGAACCCCCAUCAGACGCCUGCCCAGCUGUAUACGCUGAAGCCCAAGCUUCCCAUCACAGUUCUCAAUGGAGCCCCUGGAUUCAUAAACUUGUGUGACGCUCUGAACGCCUGGCAGCUGGUGAAGGAGCUCAGGGAAGCAGUGGACAUCCCGGCUGCGGCAUCUUUCAAACACGUCAGCCCGGCAGGUGCUGCUGUUGGAAUUCCACUCAGUGAAGACGAGGCCAGGGUCUGCAUGGUCUACGACCUCUACCCAACUCUCACACCUAUGGCCACUGCAUAUGCAAGAGCAAGAGGGGCUGAUAGGAUGUCUUCAUUCGGUGAUUUUAUUGCAUUAUCUGAUGUUUGUGAUGUCCCAACUGCAAAAAUUAUCUCCAGAGAAGUGUCGGAUGGUAUUGUUGCCCCAGGAUAUGAAGAAGAAGCCUUGAAAAUACUUUCUAAAAAGAAAAAUGGAAACUACUGUGUUCUUCAGAUGGACCAGUCCUACAAACCGGAUGAAAAUGAAGUUCGAACACUCUUUGGUCUUCGUUUAAGCCAGAAGAGAAAUAAUGGUGUCAUUGACAAGUCGCUAUUUAGCAAUAUUGUCACCAAGAAUAAAAAUCUGCCGGAGUCUGCCCUCAGAGACCUCAUUGUAGCCACUGUCGCUGUCAAGUACACUCAGUCCAACUCUGUGUGCUACGCCAAGGAUGGACAGGUUAUUGGCAUCGGAGCAGGACAGCAGUCUCGGAUACACUGCACACGCCUUGCAGGUGAUAAGGCAAACUCGUGGUGGCUCCGACACCAUCCACGAGUGCUUUCCAUGAAGUUUAAAACCGGGGUGAAGAGAGCAGAAAUCUCCAAUGCCAUUGAUCAAUAUGUGACAGACACCAUUGGUGAGGGGGAAGACCUGGUGAAAUGGAAGGCACUGUUCGAGGAAGUCCCCGAGUUACUCACUGAGGCAGAGAAGAAGGAAUGGGUCAACAAACUGAGAGAUGUUUCUGUCAGUUCCGAUGCCUUCUUUCCUUUCAGAGAUAACGUGGACCGUGCCAAAAGGAGUGGUGUGGCCUACAUCGUCGCUCCGUCUGGAUCCGCUGCUGACAAGGUUGUGAUCGAGGCGUGCGAUGAACUGGGGAUCAUCCUGGCUCACACGGAUCUCCGGCUCUUCCACCACUGAUCGUAGCUUCCAUCGUUUCCCUGUUUGCUUAUGUGCAGUGGAUGAUCGUCUGGGAUUUUAAAAGCACCUCUUUAAAAAAUGAGUCGUUUGCAUCUUCAUAAUUGGGUCUAAGGUUUUAGGUAGUUGGGUCUUACUCUCUGAAAGGUAUAGAUUCCUAGCCCCAGUUACCACAGACAGGUUUAUGUAUAUAGAACCUACCAGCAUCUAUGUCUCCUUGGAGCUCAGCUUUCAAGACAGCCCCUGUAAGAUACCUAAAAGGGCAAGUUGGCCGGAGAAGCCAAGCUGCCUUAUGAUGACACCAUCCCCACUGGGGAUUGCUCUCCACAGGGCUCCUUUUAUCGUGCCUCUGAGAAGCUUGCUUGUUUGUCUCCUUGACAAACAGCCAGUUAUCCCCUGGGAACUGAAUCCUUACCAAUGGCUAGACAAUCCUUUCCUAGGUGAAGUUGUCUGUAUUUCAGCACCCAAGAACCCUCUUGAACUGUUUAAAACCUAUAUUAGCUAUUGAGUAGCUUGUUUGGUACCUACAAAAUAGACCCAGUAUUCUUAGUGUUUUAUCUAAAGUGAGCGUAUGUGGGGGUAGGAAUGUCAGUGCCUCCCUUUGUCAAACAGGGCGACAUAACUGGGUCUGUGUCUCUGCCUUUGUGGUCCUGACUGUUCACAUGGAGGACGCCUAUGGUCAGCUGUAACCUCAGGUCAAUAAGCCUCAGUCCUCUGUUUUUCCACUUCUUCUCUAAAUAAAAAAUGCACAAGUU